UCUAAAGUUCUGUUUUCUGAAAGGUUUAUACAGAAGAAGUGGAUAAAAACGGAAUUUAAGUAGUUAGGAUAUAUAUUAAGGCUAGUUCGGUUAGCUAGUAGUUUAUAGGUCCGUCUACAACCUGCUUUUAUUACACACAUGAGGAUUUGCUAGUAGCCUAAUUGUGGCCAAAUUUCAAUAUAAACAAGGAAUAAAUCUUCAAAAUGUCUUUCUUCAUGUACUUUUUGAAAAGAGAGCCAGAGCUGACCCCAUAGCCAGGAUGGACACGGUCUUCUCUGCCCCGCAGAUACUCUCCUCCAGGUCCCUCCAGAGGGUGACUCCCAUGAUGCCUCUGUGCCAGCUGGUGGAGGAGAGUAGGAGUACAUCUAACAUCCCCAAUCAUCUCCUGGAAUCAAAAAUCUUUGCCAGACUGAAAAGCAACAGCCUGAUCCAAGCAAAUCCCCCAGAGCUUCACUUCAGUGGAUUUGAGCUCGGGAAGGAUUACAUCAAGACACUGAAAAUAAUCAACAUCUCAUCUGAAGUGAUGGAUAUUCAUAUCAUUCCAACACAAACGAAGCACUUCAAAACGUCAUAUACAAAAAAGUAUCGACUCAUUCCGGGUCUCGCCUACACAGUGAAGGUCAGCUUCUGUCCUGACGAGUGGCGUUACUUCUAUGACAGCGUCCGGGUUCAUUGCAAGGGGGAAGAGAACCUGUUGAUUCCAGUUCAUGCCUACCCGGUCAUUGAUGACCUACACAUCCCCCCUCAUAUCGACCUGUCAGCAGUACCACUUGGACAAAGUGUUUCACAUGCUAUACCCCUGAGAUGCAGUUGUCCUAUUGACUUUGAGUUCCGGUUGUUUGUCAUUCAACCCAGUGAGGCGUUCUCCAUCAGUCCACUUACAGGUGUGAUACCAGCUAAUGGAGAAGUGAAGAUUACUGUGACCUUUAGUCCUGUCCAAUACCAGACUUCUCAGGUCACUAUCCAGCUGAUCAUCUCACAGUUCAACUCCAAACCCUACCUCUGCACCAUCACCGGGAGUUCAGCCCCUCACCUAUCCCCCAGUGAGCUUGGAGGAACGCCAGGUCAUGGAGAUGCAGUGCCUGCAGCAACUGAACUGCCGUUGCCUGCAACCCAAGGGCCUCGAUGUAAAAUCAAAUACAGGCCCAACAAGAAGGGGGAAAAAGAAAAGAAGCUGAACAGUCUGGCUUAUGUUCAUCCUGAGGUAAAGCCUCCAGUAGAUGUGUGUACCCAUGCAGGAGUGGCAAAAAUGCUGAUAAAAGACAUCACCAGUUCUAAAGACCUGAGGGGAGCAGUAAUCUGUGGCAGUAUGGAUGGUCUGCAAAACAGGAAGAUGAAGGAGACCCUCUUCAGAAAGAAGGUGGAACAUAAUGUGAAGGAGCUGCAAGCUAACCAAACCAAAUGGCAAGUCCGUCUGGGUGACGACCCGGUGUCAGAGGACAAAAGGAGGCAGAUAGCAGAGGAAAAAGAGAUUGUACUAUGCAUGGUACGAAGUAAAUGCAUGGCCUCUGAGGGAGCCCCGUCUUUGCACUCUUUUCAGCAGAGACAACGAGCCUUCACAGUGUUUCAGCAGGCAGCACGCAAGGUGGUGAUCAGAUGUCGGAUGAACUGUCGGCUGACCAGUUUGAAGAAACUCUCAGACGGUCUAAAGAGCCCGCCUUCAGCAAAGAAAACUUUUGACAAUCCUGUGACCUCCUCAUUCAGAAAUUUUUCAGUUUGGGAGACGACUUGCGAUCAGAGAGUCUCGCCAGCCAGAGUCUUCCCGUUUUCUUUCCCCAAUUUUUGUAAAGAAGAUGAUCCGCUGGUUCACAUGAGUUUGGACACACUGCCUGUGGAAACCACUGAUAUGAAUGUGACAACACAACCUUUCUUCAACCUUCAAGCACCUCAGCACCACAGGCUGAUGGGCUACCACCCUGUGUCCGCGUUGGAGGCAUUUCACUCUUAUAUCCCAACUAUUCUGGACAGACAACUUCGCACUGGAGCUCUGAAUGAGUUUGUGCCCGAUAACAAUCAAGCAGAGCAUCAACAGCGGGAUGAACAGAAAGAGGAGGACGUGGUGUCAUGGGAGGAUUACAGACUCUCCUUUAGUGCCCCAGAAGCUCUACUCACACCUUUUCCAGCAAAUCCACUCAGAAUUUUUAAUCCAGCUCCAGGCCUGCAGAGUUACAAAACGACCCCUAAAUACCUCGAGAGUGAUCUUAAUUUCCAUCUCUGCCCUGUGCCCAGCAGGUAUACGAUCCCUGAGAGCAAAACAUGUGACAUCAGGACUCAAACCUCACACGCUCCCAAGACGCUUCCGGAUCGGCAGGAAGUGAGUCGAGGGCUCGGGAAAAUGAACGGUUUUCCUCCGCUUUCCUCGAACUGUUUGUCCUAUCAACCUGGUCUCACACGCAGGUCUUCAGACUACAGUGAAGAGACACUCCUCACAGAUCCACCUGCUCCUUUAACUGGCCCUCCUGUUGAUCUCUCUCAACUAAUGGACCAACCGUAUAAAUGCUCCAGAGUCCAACUGUCACCAGAGAUAAUCAGAGCCGAGUUCUUGACAUGGAAAGCUCUAGUCAACACAAACCUUACUAGAGGCAUGACGGGCAGGCACACUGGGGAGCUUCAGAUGGAGGCGUCGGAGUUUAACACGAUUGGAAGAAGAGUGUUGACCAGGCUGAAGCAACUUGAAGCCACUGACUCAAAGUUAGCUUUUUCCAUCCAAUGAAUAAAAUACAAGGUCUUAUA